UGGUGAGUAGAAAUUAGGAAGGUGAUUCAUGUCUUAAAAAACAGUAAAAAUAUUGAAAAUACCCCUUCUCCUACUCUCUAACAACCAAACUUUCUACCAAAUUACUAGUUUUUAUAUAAAGCACUAAAUUUAUUUCUCCAAACACUCAAAAUCCCCAUCUUCUCUUUUUCUUGUAAAUCCUGGAGCAAAACCAUGAAGAAAUCCAUGGAGAUAGUUGAUUCAGCCUCUUGGUACUGUGCCCUUGCCUUGUUGACCUUAAUACUGAUGGGUUGCAUCAAGACAAGUUCCGUAUCAUCAGAUGAAGCUGCGAGAGGGAAGCAGCUUCUGAAGCCACCCUGUGAUGAAAUCUAUGUGGUAGGAGAAGGGGAGACACUUCACACCAUCAGCGACAAGUGCGACGAUCCUUUUAUCGUGGAGCGCAACCCUCACAUCCAUGAUCCUGACGACGUUUUCCCCGGCCUUGUUAUCAAGAUCAUCCCUUCUACUGCUGGGAAACUCUAGAGGUAGCCAUUCGUCGCUUAUCAAAGCCCCAGUUGGUAAAUUGGUGGGGAUGGUGGAUCCUCUCUACUUCUCUCUUAUCCAAAUUCCAUGCACACACGACAUAUAUAUGGGGUAAAACGAUCCUUAUUGAAAAGUUCAUUAUUUUGCUAAUUAAACUCGAAUGUUAUCUAUUAUCCCACCAUCUCCCUUACACUUCUCACUCUCUUCCUUUUAUUUCCUUGUAUACAAUGAAUUUUGAAUAUUUACAUCAAUUUUAACUCAUUAAUAGAAGAGUUCAUUCAUUUGGGUCGAUGGUAAAA